GAAGAAAAGUGGAUGGACACUGUGGGGAAGAUCAAAACGUUAGAGUUCGUUGACAUUGUUGGAAGCAUGAUGUUGCUCAAGCGGUGGGCAGAAAUGGAAACAGAAAAGGAAAAGGAAGGAGAAUCAUGGUAGUUUGUCGUAAGAACAGGCCGCAAGAAGUGCAAGAAUAUUUUGAAAAAGGCUGUAUCAAAAUUGUUAACUGGAAAAUGCCUUCUCACAGACCCCUAUGAAAAGCCCUUAUCUUUAUCCACUAUUGCGCCAAACACUCACCUCCUGGUCAUGUACGAGCAUUAUGAAGAUUCGUGGACAGGUCCAUGGAGAUUGCUGGAAGAAAUUGUGCUGCUUUUCCAAAUGAUUUAUGUUGGCAAACAUUUUGGCGAGUUAUCAAAAAAAAUUGCAGACAGAAUUCUGGCAUAUGCUUCCGAGGAAUCUGAUGCUUUCUCGUUACUCUAUAGUUUAUUGGAAGUUAAUGGGGAUUAUCCAUCCCAUUUUUUGUCAAAUUUUGUGCUCACAGAUGUUGUUACAGAUGAAGAAGAUAGUAAACACUUCUCCAAAUGGGAAGAUACUACGCAUUCAUGUGUGGAGUCUUGGUUGACUGAGUCUAGUUUUUAUUCUGAACUCCAUAAUAUGACAAUAGAACCGCAGGAUAGUAAUGAGAAGUUGCUGAGAACAUUGAUCAGUUCUGCAGAAUCAAGAACAAGUGCCGUUUUCCUCAGGAACUACAUAGAAAAAGUGGGAGUUGAUCAAUUGCGUGGAAAGACAGUUUUGCUUCUCAUCAGUCUCAUCGAUGAACAUCCAUUCGAGUCUUUAAAAGAAAUAUAUUAGAAAUUGAAAGCCAGUGACAACUUGGAAAUCCUUUCGAUACCGAUCCCUGUUGAAGUCCGAGACGACAGCAGGAUCGAUUGCAGCAUGAGGUGGAUUUACUACCAGAUUCUUCACUGGCUGGGUUGGAGAGCAUUUUAAGAAAUGUGCCAUGGCCUGUACUAGGAAAUCCCUGGCUGUUAAAGAAAGAGGUAUGCUACUUUUUGGAAAGGGAGUGGGGUGAAUUGAAUCCGGGCAUACUAGUGGUAGUGGACCCAAAUGGAAGAAUUACCAAUAAAAAUGCACUGCCAUUGAUAGAGACAUGGGGAGCAGAACUGUGUCCAUUCACCGAAGAAAAAAUGAGGCACCUAGAGCAGGAGCCUCGUGAAGAGCAUUUGAGUGAAUAUAUAUUAAACGGCCUCUUCGAGAAAUGGAGUAACUAGGCUGAGGAUCGCUUCUGCCAUAGUCAAAAUUUGUGGAAUGCCCUUUUUAAUUAUUAUUAUGACAUUAGCCAGCGUACCCUCAACUAAAAACAACAUUAUCUAGGGGACCUAAGCUGGCUGUCCCAGAUAUGAAAAAUUUGUGUGUAAACUAGAGCUUGAAUUAGUAUUGUAUC